UGAGACUUACAACUCACCAACACGACUCUUUCCAUUGCCUAAGGCACCAUUGAUCAAUGAGUAUUAUAACCAUGUCUUGAUCUACUCCUUCACACCAGGCGCCACCGUGCUGGCUGCCAGUCCGCUCCCCUGUUUCCCCCUCUGAACUUCCCCCGCUAUACACUGUAAACCCCUUGGACUGUCGAGAAAGGUACCGACAAUGGAUCUGCAUCAUCACGAAUAUAUAAUCGAGGUUUUCGCAGACCAGACCUAUGUAAAGGACAUUGUGAAAGGAGUAUUGCAUACGAUCUUCUUCCACCGAUACUUUCCUCCUGUGCGUCCAGCACUCUACACACCUACAGCGUCAUCUUCACACUCCUCGUCACAUUCAGUCCAGUCACUACCCAUUCCGCUUCCCUCAAUCCUCGAUCCACCCGAGAUUUCGGCGGCGAUCGACUCUCAUACCGCCUUACUAGUUUCGCAACUCACACCCCAGUCUGCAGCAGGAGCAGCUGCCGGUGGCUCCCGUGGAGAGAUUGUUGUGCGCUUCUUUGACAGAAAGAGGCGGAAGACUGGCAUAACUACAGGCUGGCUUGGCCGGUUAGGUGGUGGUGGCGGUCAAACCGAAGAAGAAGUAUGUUGGGAGGAAUGGUGUGUACAGGUGGUGGUAGCCAGACCACGUAGCGAGGCCGAUCGUAUCAAGGUCCGCCGCGCAAUGGAAUCGUCGUUGCAGAAGACAGCGUUGAAGAUCGUCGCAAUCGUCAAUCGGGAUAAAGAUCAUAUACCUCCCAUCACCACGAGCGAUCAGAAUCCGUUUCCCUACAGAAUUUUUGUAAAUCCAAAGCAACAAGAAAGUGCAGAACGAGGCUUUGGGGGUUGGAACUGAAGCACGGCCUAGCCUUCCAGCGAUGUGUAUGGAAUGAUACUCCAGUAAAUACAACAGAUACUAUUAAAGACUCGUAAACAAAAUCAAUUAUCAUUCAUGUCUACUUG